AUGUCUAAUAUUGAGCCUCUCUGUCAAGUUUUCUUAGUUGAUGCCAAAGGGAAUAGCUUCUACAGUGAAGGCAAGAUAAUUGGGUUUGAUUCAGCCUAUGAUCUUGCUGUUCUCAAGAUUGAUGUUGAUGGGCACAAUAUCAGGCCUGUGGUUCUUGGUCAAUCUAACAAGUUACAUGUAGGUCAAAGUUAUUUCGCAAUUGAAAAUCCUUAUGGAUAUGAAAAUACUCUCACAACAGGGGUGGUGAGUGGUUCAGGGCGUGAGAUACCUUCACCAAAUGGAGGGGCCAUUAAAGGAGCUAUUCAAACUGAUGCAGAUAUUAAUGCAGAAAACUCAAGGGGACCAUUGAUUGACUCAUACGGCCAUGUUAUUGGCGUAAACACAGCAACCUUCACCAGAAAAGGGAGCGGAAUGUCAUCAGGUGUUAAUUUUGUAAUUCCCAUUGACAUUGUUCUCAGGACUGCACCAUAUCUUAUUGUUUAUGGAACACCUUACAGUAAUAGGUUUUGA